GUGCGUGACCCACCUUUAUGACACAAAAAAACUAACACAACUAAUGGGAGCUAUAUAACACAAGCAUAUCAAUCAAUCAAUCAGUCCACAUUGUUCAGUUCCCAAAAUCAACUAGCCGAUUACAUGGAAUCUUGCCAUAAACAUCCUCUUCAUCCUUUUCUUUUUGUUCUCUUUCUCUGCAUGUUCUUCUUCUUUGCUGAAGCUGCUGGAGCUUCAAUAAAGCAAAGGCCCUUCAACAACAAGGUUUCGGCUGGUUUUGUCUUUGGAGACUCGACGGUAGAUCCCGGGAACAAUAACUAUGUAAAGACCUUCUUUAGGAGCAAUUUUCCUCCUUACGGGAAGGACUUGAAAGACCAAACGGCUACCGGGAGGUUUACUAACGGGAAGCUUCCCACCGAUCUUAUUGUUUCAUAUAUAGGCAUAAAAGAAUAUUUGCCACCAUAUUUGGAUCCAACCCUUGGCAUUGAGGAGCUGAUGACAGGAGUUAGCUUCGCCUCCGCCGGCUCUGGAUUUGAUCCACUUACACCACAGAUAACUAGCGUGGUUUCGAUACCAAAGCAGGUGGAGUAUUUUAAAGAGUAUAAGAAAAGACUGCAAUCUGCUAUUGGAAAGAAAAGGAUGGAACAUAUUAUCCAGAAUGCUGUGUUUCUCGUCAGUGCUGGUACCAAUGACUUUGUAGUCAACUAUUUCACCAUUCCAAUUCGACGAAAGAACUACACUGUCUCAGCUUAUCAACAGUUCAUCUUGCAAAACGUGAAGCAGCUGCUACAGGACUUAUGGGAUGAAGGAGCUCGGAGAAUUGCAGUUACCGGGCUGCCUCCAAUGGGUUGUUUACCGGUUGUCAUCACCCUUAACUCUCCAAACGCCAUCCUGGAACGCGGUUGCAUAGAAAAAUUUUCUCGGGUCGGAAUGGAAUAUAACCAAAUGCUUCAAAACGAAGUGAAUUCCAUGCGUGGUAGACUAGCUCAUCUUGGUGCGAAAAUCCUUUACGUUGACAUUUUCACACCAUUGGUCGACAUGAUUCAAGGCCUUGGGAAACUUGAUUUUGAUGAGGUAAGCCAAGGCUGCUGUGGGAGUGGUUACUUAGAAGCAGGAUUUUUGUGUAAUCCAGGAUCAUACGUGUGCUUUGAUGCAUCUAAAUAUGUAUUUUUCGAUUCAAUCCACCCAACUGAGAAGACAUACACCAAGUUGUUUAUGGCUAAUCAUCAUGUCGUCGAUUCAGUGAUCCAGGACUGGGAUUUGAAUGAUUGAGCGAUAUUUUUAAUAUUAAUACUAUUAAUUUAUUGGAGCAUUAAUUGUUCCUCUCGCUGAAGCUUUUUAUUAUUAUUUUUUGCCUGCAAAAUUAAUUGUAGGUAGAUUACUCCAUUAAAUGCUUUCCCACAUGUAAAAUUUAAUGCAACAGAUAAUUGGGAAUUAUUCCAUGUGAGUUUUUUUUAUUUA